AUGCCGUUACCAUAUGGUGGUGCAAUUUCAUUUAUAUAUACAACUAAUCUUUCUAAUAACUCCGAUAAUCUCCAAGUGCAAACUUUUUAUUUAGAUACUAUGGUCAAUGGUGAUGUAUUGUAUACUGCCUCGAAUAGACAGGGUUACUGUGGUGUUUUUAGCAAUAAUACUGUAUGGUUUAUGCAAGAUGAUCAUUAUGGAUUCGGUAUUACAAAGUUAACUACAAUCGAUGUUAAUAAG